AUGAGGAGGGCUGCCAAAAGGAUGAACUCUCUCCUCUCCUUCGCUGUGCUGUUUGCUUGGGCCUUGUCCCCAGCUCAUGGGAGCCUCUGGGAGCUGCACAAGGUGGUCACAAAAGCCACAGGGAAAAAUGCCUUCCUGCAUUACUCCUCUUACGGCUGCUACUGUGGCUGGGGGGGCAGAGGACAGCCCAAGGAUGCCACGGACAGAUGCUGCCAGCUGCACGAUACCUGCUAUGACAACCUCCUGAGCUACCGCUGCAAUGCCAAGAAGCAACGCUACCGCUACGACUGGCACGGCAGCAGCCCCUCCUGCGGAAAAGGCUCCUGGUGCAGCCAGCUCUCCUGCGAGUGUGACCGCAGCCUGGUGCUGUGCCUGAAGAGAAACCUCCGCAGCUACAGCAAACGUUACAACUUCUACCCCAAGUUCUCGUGCGGGUGA